GUACCAUAUGGCAACAACAUCCUUUUCUUUACAAGUUUUGCUGUCUGUCACAAGUCGUGGGCAAUAGUCAUUUUUAUUUUAAAAACUAAUGAGCUUAUUAAUUUGAUUUAAAGAAUAAUUUUUGUAUAUUAAUGGCAGAAACAGAAACGGUUUCAAUUUUAGUUUCAGCUUUUCCUAGUAUAGAUGAAGAAUUAUUUGAUUAUAUUGAAGGAGUACUAGAUGAUAAUAAAAGUGAAUUUGAAUCGUCUGAACAUGUAUAUGAGGCUAUUGGUGACAUGUUACAUGAAGUUGCUGGGGACAGUAAAGAUGAAAAUGAAAUUAAAGAUAUCUGCUCUAGACUUUUAAGAGCUUUAAAAAGUGAGCCAGAAGCUCAAAAUAAUUGCAAUGAGAACAAAAUUCUGAGUGCACCUGUUUGUCUUGGAAGCCUGGCUGAAAAUUUUGAUGAUGAAGCUGAAGAAGUCACCAGCAUAUGGUUGAAACAAAAAGAAUCUCCAUCAUGUGUUGAUCAGCGAAAACUCGAAAAAGCUGAGGCAAAAUUGAAGUCAAAACAAGAGAGAAGGGAUAAUACAGAAAAACCUGCUACUGGUACUGUGUUCAGCAGUAAAGAGGCAUCAGCUGUUCAAGCAAGUAGUAAAAGAGAAUCCAGAAUGGAGUCAAAGGGUACAAACAAGAGCAUGGACAUCAAAAUUGAAAAUUUUGACAUUGCGUUUGGGGACAAGACACUUUUAACUAGUGCUGAUCUUACUUUAGUUUAUGGCAGAAGAUAUGGUAUGGUUGGACGAAAUGGUAUUGGAAAAAGUACGCUGCUUAAAAUGAUUUCGAGUUCACAGUUGAAAAUUUCAUCUCAUAUAUCCAUCCUUCACGUUGAACAAGAAGUGGUAGGGGAUGAAACUAUAGCCCUUGAGAGUGUUCUGGAAUGUGAUGAAAAGAGACAAGGUUUGAUUCAAGAAGAGAAGAAACUAUUGCACUUAUUGAAUAACAAUGGACCAUCUAAUGAGGACAGUAGUUUAAGUGGACGAUUACAGGAGGUUUAUGCUGAAUUGCAACACAUUGAAGCUGAUAAAGCCCCAGCCAAAGCAUCUGUGAUACUUGCAGGAUUAGGGUUUUCUCCUGAAUGGCAAAGAAUGGCCACAAAAGAAUUUUCUGGUGGCUGGAGGAUGAGAAUUGCCUUAGCAAGAGCCUUAUUUUCAAAACCUGAUUUGUUACUACUUGAUGAACCCACUAACAUGUUGGAUAUGAAAGCAAUUAUAUGGUUGGAAAACUAUUUACAGACUUGGGAAUCCACUCUUUUGGUAGUUUCUCACGACCGAAGAUUUCUGGACACUGUGUCUACAGAUAUCCUACAUUUCCAUUCACAACAGAUUGAGGCAUAUCGAGGAAAUUAUUCUGUUUUUAUCAAGAUAAUGACGGAGAAGUUGAAAAAUCAACAAAGAGAAUAUGAAGCUCAAGCCUCGUAUAGGGCUCAUGUCCAAGUAUUUAUUGAUAAGUUUCGUUAUAACGCAAAACGAGCAUCCUUGGUGCAAAGUAAGAUAAAGAUGUUAGAAAAAUUACCUAAAUUAAAACCAGUAGAGAAGGAAGCAUCUGUGACUUUAAAAUUUCCCCUCCCAGAAUUUUUACAGCCCCCAGUUCUUCAGUUAGAUGAAGUAUCAUUUUCAUACUCCCCAUCUAAACCAAUACUGUGUGACAUCAACCUCUCGGCCAAUAUGGGAUCCAGAAUCUGCAUAGUUGGUGAUAAUGGUUCAGGUAAAACAACUCUGCUGAAACUAUUAAUCGGCGACUUGGAACCUACAAAAGGAAUUCGACAUUCUCACAGGAAUUUAGUUCUGGGAUAUUUCACUCAACACCAUGUUGACCAAUUAGAUAUGAAUGUCAGCUCUUUAGAACUUCUUGCUAAAAAAUUCCCAGGCAAAUCUUCUGAGGAGUACAGGAGGCAGUUAGGAUGUUUUGGUGUGACUGGAGAUUUAGCUCUGCAGUCUGUCGCUAGUCUUUCUGGGGGUCAAAAAAGUAGGGUUGCUUUUGCAGCUAUGGCAAUGUUACAUCCUCAUUUCCUGGUGCUAGAUGAACCUACAAAUCAUUUGGAUGUUGAAACAGUAGAAGCAUUAGGUAUUGCUCUUCAAAAUUUUACGGGUGGUGUUGUUUUAGUAUCCCACGACGAACAAUUAAUUGAAAUGGUAUGUCAAGAACUUUGGAUUUGUAAAAAUGGUUCGGUUUCAGCGAUAUCCGGAGGAUUCCAACAGUAUAGAAAUCUGGUUGAAGCUGAGCUUGCUGCCCAAUCAUAAACAAUUUGUAAUUAUUUUUUACUGUACAAUUUUAAAUAAAAACUUAUUUAAUGUUA